CGCGCGCGUGUCAGUGUCCCUCGGACUCUCGGCCGGUUGAGACGAUCGCGCCGCCCGAGAGGCUUUUCCGCGUAAAAACAUUAGGUACACGUAUACUUACUUACAACACGGCUCUCCAUUCAUAUCUCGCGUCGAUCGUUUCGACACUCACGGGAAUCACGCUUCGCGGAGUCUUCUUGUCGGUACGUUGCCGUAUCUCGUACAGUGAAGUGACAGUUCGCGCAAGAGUGUAUCCAUCGGCGGCCAGAAAAGCAACCAUCAACACAGUGUGCACAGUGUGGGAAAACUCGUCGUGAUCUUCCCCUGCAUUGCAGCAGUACAACUCUCGUAGCAGAAAAGCUCGCAGUCGUUGCACCUGCAAGGCCGUCAACAUGGUUUACCACUGGCAAAGUCAAAAUGUCAAAGUCUCGGGGGUGGACGACAUGGUCCUGCUGCCGAAGGUCAGCGAGGACGCCAUCAUCGAGAACCUCCGGAAGCGCUACAUGGACGACUACAUAUUCACAUGCAUCGGCCCCGUGCUGGUGUCAAUCAACCCGUUCAAGCAGAUGCCGUACUUCGGCGAGAAGGAAAUUGAAAUCUACCAGGGAGCGGCGCCGUACGAAAACCCACCACACAUCUACGGCCUCGCCGAUGAAAUGUACAGAAAUAUGCUGAUCGACAACGAGAGUCAGUGCGUUAUAAUUAGUGGCGAAUCUGGGGCGGGCAAGACAGUGGCAGCUAAGUACAUAAUGUCGUAUGUGGCCCGGGUGAGCGGUGGCGGCGACAGGGUGCAAAGGGUGAAAGACGUCAUACUCGAGUCGAAUCCACUUCUCGAAGCCUUCGGAAAUGCGAAAACUGUGAGAAACAACAACAGCAGUAGAUUUGGUAAAUACGUGGAAAUGCAGUUUGGCGCAGGAGGACAGCCAAGCGGUGGUAAAAUAUCGAAUUUCUUGUUGGAGAAGUCGCGAGUCACGUGUCACAAUCCUGGAGAACGAAAUUUCCAUAUAUUUUACCAGCUAGCCACAGGAGCGAAUUCACAGAUGAAGUCUGAGUUUGGUCUCAUGGAUUUAGAUUAUUACAGUUACCUGCGGUAUGGUGGAAAUCACAAAGUCGACGGGACUAACGACGCCAGGGACUUCCAAGACACGUUAAAAGCCCUAAGCGUAAUGGGUAUCAGAGAUACAGAAACGACUGACAUCCUCAGGCUUGUUGCCGGAGUUUUGCACAUAGGAAAUAUACAGUUUAUGGAGAAAGGAAACUAUUCGCAAGUUGCGGAUAAGGAUUAUCUCGAUUUCCCGGCGUUCCUCCUUGGCAUCUCGCCAGAGCAGCUGUCACAUAAACUGACCUCCCGGGAGUUUGAGUCGAAAUGGGGAAGUCAAUCGGAGAGCGUUGACGUGACGCUGAAUGUCGAGCAGGCGCUAUACGCAAGAGACGCCCUUGCCAAGGACGUCUACGCAAGACUCUUCGAUCAUUUAGUUAAGAGAGUCAACUCGGCGAUGGAGACGACGCAGGAGGGUUUCGAAAUUGGAAUUUUGGAUAUCUACGGAUUUGAGAUAUUCGAAAAGAAUGGGUUCGAGCAAUUUUGCAUCAAUUUCGUCAACGAGAAGCUCCAGCAGAUCUUCAUCGAGCUUACGCUGAAGGCAGAACAGGAGGAGUACGUGUCGGAGAACAUCAAGUGGACGCCGAUAGACUACUUCAACAACGCGGUGGUGGUGGAGCUGCUCGAGGGCAAACGACCGCCUGGACUCUUCCUCAUCCUCGACGACGUUUGCGCGACGCUUCACGGCGGCAGCACCGGAGCCGACUCCGACCUGCAGAAGAAAUUUGCCGGCUCGGCGAACAGUCACGCUCACUUCCAAAACACGAGCGACGGCUUCGCCGUUGUUCACUACGCCGGCAGCGUAUCCUACUCCGUCGACAGCUUCUGCGACAAGAAUCGAGAUGUUCUGUUUCUGGACCUCAUCGAGCUCAUGCAGACCAGCACCAAUUCGCUGGUACGAGAGAUCUACCCGGUGGAGAAAGAGGCCGCCCGCACGAAAACGCUCAAGUCACGACCGACCACGGCUGGCAGUAAGAUCCGCAGCCAAGCGAGCCGACUUGUGAGCCAGCUGAUGAGGUGCACGCCCCACUACAUCAGGUGCAUCAAGCCCAACGAGACCAAGAAGCCCAGGGACUGGGACCAGCUGAGGGUGAAGCAUCAGGUGGAGUACCUGGGACUGAAGGAGAACAUCCGGGUGCGACGAGCAGGUUUCGCCUACAGGCGGCCGUUCGCCAAGUUCCUGCACAGAUACGCCAUCCUGACGAAGGAAACCUGGCCGGCUUGGAGGGGCGACGAGCGCCAGGGUGUCGAGUGGAUCCUCGCCAGUGCUUGCAUCGACCCUGGACAGUAUCAGCUGGGUAGAACGAAGCUCUUCGUCAAGGCUCCCGAGAGCCUGUUCAUGCUGGAAGAGGCCCGCGACCGCAAGUACAAUAUGCACGCGCGGGUCAUUCAAAAAGCUUUUAAGAAGUACUUCGCGAAGAAGCGCCAGGCCGCGCAGAAGCAGGAGGCUGCUGAUCUGCUCUACGGCCACAAGCAGCGGCGCAAGGCCAGUCUCAAUCGCAACUUCGUCGGUGACUACAUCGGCAUGGACAUGAAGCCCAGGUUAGCCAGCCUCGUCGGCAAGAGGGAGAAGAUAUUGUUCGCCGAGGUCGUCAAAAAGUACGAUCGACGGUUCAAGAUGUGCCGACGAGACCUUAUUCUGACCGGCAAGUGCUUGUAUUUGAUCGGUCGCGAGCCAAUCAAAAAGGGACCGGAAAAGGGCAGGUCCGUCGAGGUGAUCAAAAGGAAGCUGCCCUUUGAGCAAAUCAGUCACAUCUCGCUGAGUACUUUGCAGGACGAUUUUAUAGUCAUUCACACGAGGGAAGACUACGCGAGUCUUCUAGAGCUAGUCUUCAAAACCGAAUUUCUCUCGGUUUUUAGCAAAAAAUACGCGGAGGAGAUGGGUCACUCGCCGAACAUCAAAUUUAGCAAUAGCAUAGAGUUCAAAGUGAAAAAGGAAGGUUGGGGCGGCGGUGGCACCAGGCAGGUCAAAUUCGUACAAGCUGGUUACGGUGACAAGGAGGUCCUUAACUCCAGUGGAAAAAUUCUCACAGUCAGCAUCGGUCCCGGACUUCCCGUCACGUCCAAACCAGGAAUGACCUUGGGUGCUCGUACGGGCUACGACAUCUCGAACAACGCGCAACCCAACAACAAUGUCGUCGGCAAGACGGUCGCUGCGGCGAACCAUUCCACCGUCGCAAGUCAACUGCAGCGUUACGAAAACGCCGCGGAAACACAGCAGCAGCAGCAGCUGCAAAGGCCGGCGCUGAGGCCGAUGCAGCAGCAAACACAAAGUAAUGGAAGGCCGAGUAUACCGGCCAAUAGGCCAAAUUUCCAGCCGCCAAUGCCGCAGCAACAGCAGCAAACAUCGGCAGCUGUGAGAGAGGCGAACGCGAAUGUUAAUAAGGGUUCGGUCAGGGCUGCUGCUAGCAAACUGCCAAGUAGCGCUGUGCCCAUUAUGGGCAUGUUUCAGAAUCCUAAUAAAGGACCCAGAGGAUUAAUAAAAGCACCGCCACCUCCAUCAGAACCCGCUCCACCGAAUCAACCGACCAUUCACUCGGCUUUUCGUUUACCACCCCUCGGUGCCGCGAGCAAUGGUCAGCACCAUCCUCAAUCUCAACAACAACAAAUGGCAAACGGAGUUGCGGCCGCAGCUGCGGCGGCGGCAGCUAGUAGACCUCUGGCUAAACCCCGUAAACCUCAACUUCCCAGUUUGCCAAAGGUUAAAGCUCUCUACGACUAUAAUCCUCAAGAUCUCGAUGAGCUUGAGUUGAAGGAAGGAGAAAUCGUCGAAGUACUCAAAGAGCAUGAGGGCGGUUGGUGGCUUGGAAGACUUAAAGGGAAAACAGGGUUGUUCCCGUCCAAUUAUGUAGAAAAAAUUUGAAUUAGUAAUGUAACGUAACCCGUUGACUUGUCAAUUCUUAUACACGAAUGAUUUCCACAAUGGAUACUCGAAGUGAACGGGUCAAGUAGAGCGUUCCCAAAGACAACUGAUAACCAUUAACUUAUACUUAUACUAUAAGAGGGCGAGAUCACGUAAAAAAUUUAGAAUAAGGCAACUUGUUAUUUAUUCGAGCAGUGGCCUUUCGAAAGUACGUUUUUGUAUUUUCUAGAAUUGUAUAUUGAAGGUUUUUAAUCAAAACAACCUCUGUCUUUUGCAAAUCGUUGCACUGCCACUUUAAAACUUGGCACGAAUACAAAUGGAUGAUUCAGUAUUCGUCGUAUACAAAAAUCUUUAAUAGUCAUAUACGAAGCAUUUUUUAUGAAGUGUCCAAAGAUUUUUGUCCAAAAAAAUAUAUUAAAAAAACAUUACUAGGGUUUCUAAUAUUAUUAAACUAUUAUUAUUGUUUUAAUUAAAUGAUGUAUUUGUAUUGUUUAUACCAUUUUCAUUGCUGAUUUAUUUGUACAUAUGGAAAGUAAUUUUACACAAGAUAUAUUUAUAACAUCUUAAACAAAAUUAAAUGCAUUUUUGAUGUUACUUUUUUAUAUAAUAAAUAAUAUUGUAAGAUUGUACCUACUCCUCCGACUAUUUUUAAUGUUCUUCUACAAUUACAAAUAAUAAGAGACAAGGUGUAAAUAAUUUGUAUGGUGCUUUUAUUGAGCUUCAAUCUUAUAAAUAAAUAUUGCAUGAUAUUAAUAAA